GGUACAUAGGGCCUUCGAUGUUUGACCUGAUGUGGGAUGGCUAUCGGCAGCCGCAGCGACGCUGUAGACGCUUCCGACUUGGACCUCAAAGAACUCGCACUAGAAGGGUUGAAGGUACUCAGAGCCAGCCCGGCUUAUGCAGUGGCUCGAUCCCUUGAACUCUGGCGGCAACAGGAGGAAGAUCGAGCAUGCACCCGCCUGCAAGAGAAAGAAAGGGAGCUCCGCGAGCGCCUGGAGGAUGAGUACCGGCAGCGGGAGCUGCUUCGGGCCCAAAGCUUCCGACAGCAACAGAGCGAGCUGCGAGACUUGGAGCAGCGUGCGAAGAAGAAACUCAUGGAAAUGCAGCAUCGGGAGCAGGCUGUUAAGGCCUCUUUGGCCAAGGCCAAAAGCCUCAGCGAAGAAUCACGGCGCAGUGCUGACCUUGCCAUUCAAAGCUGUGAGGAUACCAUGCGCCGUCACAAGGCUGAGGCCAGACAGUCCCUGGAAUUUGAGCAGAUGCGGCAAUCCCAACUGGAAACGCGUUUGAAAGAGUUGGAGGCCGAGAUGGCGGAGACUCGUGCUCGCUGCUCUGACUUGCAAUCCUGCUUGAACCAGAAAGCCAUAGCAAAUGCUGAGCUGGACAGGCAUGACACGGCAGGUUCUGCAGCCGAUGAAGAGGAGCUUCGGAAACUCCAGUUGCAACUUUGUGAGGAGAAGGUGAAGUCUGAAACAUUGGCAGCGUCUCGCGACCAUUUCAGGCGUAAAGUUGAGGAGCUGUGCAAGAAGUUGUUGGAAAAGACGGACGUCCCGAAGCAUGGUGCUGACCAGACUCGCCCUGCGCACCAAUCAAAGGCUUCACCUCAAUGCACACUGGAGACCGAAGUGCAAUCUCCUCACUUCUCCCUUGAUUGGUUGCAGCAGCAAAAGCGGGAGCUGCUGGAAUCUGGACUUUAUACACAGGAAGACGCUGUGAUUCGUGCACUCGAUGCACAAAUUGCUGAACAAGCAGUCCGGUGACUUGCAACUGCACAAUGAAUUGCCAGACAGAACAAGCUCGUCACCGGCCACUUGAAACACUUCUAUGCUGUAGGCUGUAGCCAUCCGACAUUUACGAUGAUUUAUCGCAUGGGCAACACGCCCGUGAGAGGGGAUUCGAAUGUGCUGGGAUUGGGGAAAC